AUGGCUGAGGAGAGCAGUGUCUGCAGCUUUGUGUUCAGGAAGCGGGUCCGCGCCGCGGGCAGCGGCCGGCGGAAACGGGCUGGCAGCGAGCAGGAGCGGGACAGCAGUGGGGACGAGGGCAGCGCCGUGGUCAGGAGGAAGUUGCCCAGGAACACCCCCAACCCCAUGAUCCAGAGGACCAGGCGCUGCAUGAGGGAGAGGCCGGAGUAUGCAGGGAGCAGCAGCGAGGAUGAGGAUCCUGCCACGGAGAUCGGGGUCACCUACAAAUCGAGCAGGUCGGCAAAACCUGUUGGCCCAGAAGACAUGGGGGCCACAGCAGUGUAUGAACUGGACACGGAGAAGGAGAAGGAUGCCCAGGCCAUCUUUGAGCGCAGCCAGAAAAUCCAGGAGGAGCUGAGAGGAAAGGAAGAUGAUAAAAUUUACCGUGGCAUUAACAACUACCAGAAGUAUGUGAAGCCCAAGGACACAUCGAUGGGAAACGCCUCCUCAGGAAUGGUCAGGAAAGGCCCCAUCCGUGCUCCGGAGAACCUGCGGGCCACGGUGCGCUGGGACUACCAGCCUGACAUCUGCAAGGACUACAAAGAGACCGGGUUCUGCGGCUUUGGGGACAGCUGCAAGUUCCUGCACGACCGCUCGGACUACAAGCACGGCUGGCAGAUCGAACGGGAGCUGGACGAGGGCCGCUACGGCGUCAGCGGCGAUGAAAACUACGAGGUGAGCAGUGAUGAGGAGGACAUGCCUUUCAAAUGCUUCAUCUGCAGAGGUUCCUUCAAGAACCCCGUGGUCACCAAGUGCCGGCACUACUUCUGUGAGAGCUGCGCCCUCCAGCACUACCGCAAGUCCCAGCGCUGCUACGUCUGUGAGAAGCAAACCAACGGGGUCUUCAACCCUGCGAAAGGGCUGAUGGCAAAAUUGGAAAAACACAAACGGGAGGAAGAAGAGGAGCAACAGUCAGACCAUGAAGAGGAUCCACAGUAG